AUGGGUGCGGUUUCAUUCGAUUCAGAUUUUGGUUCUCUACAUGAAAAAAGAAAUAGCACGCUCUCGUUUUUUCAUCCGUCUCUCUUUUUUUUUCCUCCUUACAAGGCUUUUCUUUCCGAGAGUGCAUUUGCUGUGUACCCAAACGAAGUCGACGUACGUUCCUACCACAAAUACCUCGAUAACCCUCCUUUUGAUUUCAGUUCCGACAACACAAACACUGAAUAUGGCUUCAUCAAUUCCUCUUAUGGCCAAAACCCUGACAUGGUUUACGCACUUGGAUUCUGCAGAGGCGACAUGAUGCCAGAUUCAUGUCAUCGUUCAAUAUUUGGGAUAUGCAACGCCUCUGACGUAACAUACUCAGUAUGGAACUUCCAAAAUUCAACGACACUCACGGAUCACUAUGUUCCGGUGUUGUUGGAUAAAGUAAAGAGCCAAGCACUGAAAGGGGAGUCUCAUCGUAGGUUCGCAGCUGCCAAUGAUACAACAAGCGAAUCUCGGGAUGUAUAUGCUUUUGGUCAGUGUAGUCCUGAUCUGCCCAAGGUUGACUGUAAUGCUUGCUUGCAGAAUGUUCACGAUCAGAUCCCACUGUGCUGUGAAGGAAGAAAUGGUGGUAGGGUUCUAAAAUUGAAGCAAAGAAAUGUGUGCAUAUUGGGUUAUUAUUUGUUCAGAACAAUCCAGAAGAUAGGCCAACAAUAA